AUGCCCGAAACCAUUCUCGUUACCGGCGCUAGUGCAUUCAUCGGUGGGUGGGUUAUCAAACUUCUUCUAGACAAAGGCUACAACGUCCGUGGCACGGUUCGGUCUGCAGCCAAAGAAGCACAAGUACUCGAAGCCAUUCCAAAAGAGCAACGCGGCCAAGUUUCAUUUGCUCAUAUCGCUGAUAUUGCUACUGACUCGUUUGACGAAGCUGUACAUGGUGUCGACGGCAUCAUUCACAUUGCUUCACCAUUUCACUUUAAAGUUAUAGACCCCGAGAAAGAUCUGCUUCUACCAGCAAUCAACGGCACUCUGGGUGUGUUAAAAUCUGCUCACAAAUAUAAUCGGAGCAACCUAAAUAAGAUCAAACGAAUAGUAAUUACAUCGUCGUUUGCUUCGAUUGUGGACACCAACAGGAGCAAUCAACCCAUCUAUACCUAUACUGAGAAAGAUUGGUCUCCUGUCACCUAUGAACAGGGAGCUGCUGCCAAAAACGAUCCAGCUGUAGCAUACCGUGCAUCGAAAGUCUGUGCUGAACGUGCUGCAUGGGAUUUUGUUGAAAAAGAGAAACCGUCGUUUACGAUUGCAACAAUAUGUGAACCGAUGGUCUAUGGACCACAUUUUGGCAGAUUCCAGUCAUUAGACGAGAUAAAUACGUCAAAUGCUGCGCUAUGGUCGUUAGUCACCAGUGGUAAAGAUGCUAAAAUUCCCGAUGUACGCACACCGUUCUGGGUCGAUGUGAGAGAUGUGGCCUAUACACAUGUGGCAGCACUGGAAGCUGCGACAAACACGAACGAACGGUAUUUGAUUGCAGCCGGUAGUUGGAGUAACCAGGAGAUAGUCGACAUUGUUCAUGAAAGCAAGAUUAUUCCCCAAAGCAUCAAGGACAGCGCACCGGUCGGCACAAAAGGUCAACAAUUACCUAUUCACUAUACGAUUGAUAGUUCGACAGCACAGAAAAAUCUGGGUACUACAUAUAUUCCACUAAAGAAAACGGUCGAAGAUUUAAUUUUACAAUUAGUUGAACUACAGCAGAAGUCUACGAAAUAA